AUGAGUCUCAAGAUUGAUUUGGAAACCAACUUUGCUGAGUGUGUUAUAGAUACAGGAAAAGCCACUCUUGGGACUGAGCAAAGAUUGAGAAUGAACCCUCUAUUUUGUGAGAAACAGAAUGAAGCUAUCUUGCAAGCAGUAUGUGCUCUGCUGAAUUCUGGUGGGGGAGUGAUCAAGGCUGAGAUUGAAAAUGAAGAUUAUCAUUAUAAAAGUCAUGGAGUAGGGUUGGAUCUGCCUCCACUUUUCGGAAGCCACUUAGAUGAGAUGCAACAGGGAAACCUCUUUUUAAUAUUUUUGAAAUCAUGGAACAAAAGGGCCUCUGGUUUAGGACUCGCCACUUUGUGCUCCAGUUUGUACCAGAGGCUUGGAACAUCUACUGAGGUCAUGGAUUCUCAGGAAGCACUGGCAUUCCUUAGAGGGAAGACUCAGCCUCCUAUGAAUAAUUCUGAUCAUAACUUGUUAAGUCCACAGGUAGCUGGGGUUAGUGUACUAGUUGAAGGUGACAUGAGGAACUUGGCAAAUGCUUUAUUUAAUAGACCUCAGCUUUAGUACCUGGAAAACCUUACUGAGUCCAGCAAUGUUGAAUUCCAAAUGUUUUCAACAGACCUGCUACAACAUGUAAAAGAGACACUUCUCAAGUAUGUUUCUGCAUUUGCCAGUAAUGAAGAAGGAUAUGUCUUCUUCAGUGUGCACAAUGAGACUCACCAAGUUGUUGGAUGUGAAAAAGAGAAAAUAAAUCCUGUCACCUUGUGGGAUUCUAUUGUUGGCUGUAUAAAGAAGUUCCAUCAUUUCUGAACACAGAGCCAUAACAUUCAAUAUGACAUCAACUUCCUUGAAGUACUCAGUGAGGAGACCCUCCAUGGAUAUAUCAUUGCAGUCAAAGUGGACCCAUUCUGCUGUGCAGUAUUUGCCAAAGUGCCUAGCUCCUGGCAGGUGAAAGACAACUCAGUGAGACAGCUGGCCACAAAGGAAUGGGCAGCUUGGAUGAUGGAAGCUGACCCAGAUCCUUCCAGGUUUCCCCAGAUGGUCCUUGAGCUGAGUUUGUCAUCUGCCACACCCAGAAGCAGGACUGUAUGCACACAUAAGAAUUUGGAAAGUCUGGAAAAACAGCAGAAAAAGUACUUUCCAGGUUACCUGGACGAGGGCAGUGGCAAACCAAUCAGUGGGCUGAUCUGGCCGUACAACUGGACAAAGAAGACAGCCUUUCCUGAUUAA